AUGGAAUUAGAGGAAGGUGACAAGAGGUGUUAUAAGCCACACUGGAGACAUAUGCGGUGGAUUGACAGAAAUGAUCUCACAGACCACAACAUUUUGAAUAACUCUUUUAAAGGAAUGGAAGAAAGAAUUAACAUUUUCUCUAAAAAAAACUUUACAGAAAUGAGUGCCCUUGUUUUGGAAGAUUUUGCCUUGUUUAAACCAAAAACAAUCAUUGGUCUCCUGAGUCCCCCAGGAUAUUACCUGAGCGUGAAAAAUUGCAGGAAUGAGAAGUUAAUGGCAACACUUGAGGAUGGGUAUGAUAGUUUAUACUCGCCUAUUAUAUAGAAAACAAGAGGCCCAUGGGGCAACAUCGCUCACCUGAGCAACAAUGGGCAUUCAAAAAGUAUUGUGCCAUAUGGUCCCUCGGUAGAAUAACAAAAAAUAAAUAUUGUAAAGUAUUCGAAUUUUACACUUAUUUUUGCAUACACGUAAUAUUUGACA